AACAGACGGCAAGCUCCCAUUGGUUGAAGACGGGGAGUAGGCGGGACUAAAUGAGCAGGGUGGGAAUAAGGAGAUGCGGGGCUGGAGGCUGGUAGCGGGUUCUGGUCAGGAGGCUGGAAGGCGGGUCCAGAGUGGUAGGGGCGGGUUCUAGGUCGGCUGGAGGCGGGGCCUGGAGGGCAGGAGCCGAGCCAAAGCUUGCUAGAUCUGGCUCUUGUCCAAGGAAGGCAGGCCCGAGCGACGCAGGCCUCUGUGUCGCCAUGGCAGCAAGAACGCGCAGCUCCGUAAAAGUGCCGGCUAGCCGGGAAGAUGCUGAACCAAACGGGCCGAUAGUUUAUGAGGUGGCCCUGAAUUGGAUCUUCUAGAGAAUCUGGAGAUGGGGACUCAAGUGGUUAUGAGAGUCUGUAACUCCUCUAUGCCUGGAGCGCCCUCUCAACAGCUACAGGCCUACGUGGCCUGGGUGAAUGCCCAGCUGAAGAAGAGGCCAUCCGUGAAGCCUGUGCAGGACCUGCGACAGGAUCUCCGAGAUGGGGUGAUCCUGGCCUAUCUCAUCGAGAUUGUUGGUCAGUUGGCCUUGGACUCUGAUGCUAGUGUAGACGAGAGAACUGACUUCUUUCUUCUCCAUUCGCCCUUCAAAGCAGCAGGAGAAAAGCUGACUGGAGUGCAGCUGAGUCCCAGUAACCAACAAGAGAUGAAGAGUAAUGUGGAGAGGGUCCUUCAGUUUGUGGCUUCCAAAAAGAUUCGGAUGCAUCAGACUUCAGCGAAAGAUAUUGUGGAAGGAAACCUGAAGUCCAUCAUGAGGCUGGUCCUUGCCUUGGCAGCUCAUUUUAAACCCGGCUCUAGCAGGACAGUGAGCCAGGGGCGAGACUCCAAAGCCCCCGUGCAGAGUCAUCAACCACACUGUGCCACCGCUGUGGCCCAAGGAGCCGCUGCUGCUCUGGCUGAUGUGUGCCAUGAUGUGUCAAGGUCAGGACGGGAUGUCUUCCGAUACAGACAGAGGAAUGCCAGCAUGGACGAAGAGAUUGAGAACCCUUACUGGAGUGUGCGGGCUCUUGUGCAGCAAUAUGAAGGUCAACAGAAGUCCCCGUCUGAGUCCAGCUGCUCCAGUCUGACUUCACCCAGUCCAAUCCACAGUGCUAAGAGCGAAUCCAUUAUAACCCAGGCAGAGGAAAAGGCCGAUUUCGUGAUUAUUCCCUCUGAAGGAAUAGAGAACAGAACAGACGAGACAGACUCUCCAUUAUCCCGAGACUGGAGGCCUGGGAGCCCGGGAACCUACCUGGAAGCCACAUGGGAAGAACAGCUGUUGGAGCAACAAGAACACUUAGAAAAAGAAAUGGAGGAAGCAAAGAAAAUGAUUUCAGGACUCCAGGCUUUGCUACUCAAUGGCUCUCUACCGGAGGAUGAACAGGAACGACCCGUGGCUCUUUGUGAACCAGGAGUCAAUCCCGAGGAACAGCUGAUUAUAAUCCGAAGCCGCCUGGAUCAGAGUGUGGAGGAGAAUCAGGACCUUAAGAAAGAACUGCUGAAAUGCAAACAAGAAGCCAGAAACUUACAGGGGAUAAAGGAUGCCUUGCAGCAGAGGUUGACUCAGCAGGACACAUCUGUUCUUCAGCUAAAGCAAGAGCUGCUGAGGGCAAAUAUGGAUAAGGAUGAACUGCACAACCAGAACGUGGAUCUGCAGAGGAAGCUAGAGGAAAGGAACCGGCUCUUAGGAGAAUAUAAAAAAGAGUUGGGGCAGAAGGACCGCCUCUUUCAGCAGCAGCAGGCCAAGUUGGAAGAGGCGCUUCGGAAACUCUCGGACGCCAGUUACCAGCAGGUGGAUCUAGAACGGGAGCUAGAGCAGAAAGAUGUCCUUCUGGCUCACUGCAUGAAAGGAGAGGCAGAUGAGGUGACAAAUUACAACAGUCACAGUUCUCAGCGCAAUGGCUUUGUCCAACCCGUGGCAGGAAGAGGCGCCACUACAGUCACCCACAGAGGGACCAGUGACCUCCAGCUUGUCCGAGAUGCUCUCCGCAGCCUGCGCAACAGCUUCAGUGGCCAUGACCCUCAGCAUCACACCAUUGACAGCCUGGAGCAGGGAAUCUCUAGCCUCAUGGAGCGUCUGCAUGUCAUAGAGACACAGAAGAAACAAGAAAGGAAGGUUGGGGGGCGGUCACCCAGAAAUCAAGCAAGCAGUGAAUACCGGGCAUCCUGGCCCCCUAAUUCAACGUUGCCUCACUCCCAGAGUUCCCCGGCCGUCAGCAGCACCUGCACUAAGGUGCUCUAUUUCACCGACCGCUCGCUCACGCCCUUCAUGGUCAAUAUUCCAAAGAGGUUGGGGGAGGUGACACUGAAGGAUUUUAAAGCAGCUAUUGAUCGGGAAGGGAAUCACCGGUACCACUUCAAAGCACUGGAUCCCGAGUUUGGCACAGUCAAAGAAGAGGUUUUCCAUGAUGAUGAUGCCAUCCCUGGAUGGGAAGGGAAAAUCGUAGCCUGGGUGGAAGAAGACCAUAGAGAGAAUUAAUGGGACCCUGGCCACUCCCUGGCUGCUUCUCUCAGGAAAGAGGACUAACACCAGAGUACGCUGACUGAGAAGUUUCUAAUUCGUGCAGCCAAAAAGAAGCUUCUUCAAGUCUGAUGGUCACGGGUCGGUCCUGCUUGUGUGCCUGGCGUAUCUGAUGGUCACGGGCCAGUCCUGUUUGUGUGCCUGGCGUAUCUGAUGGUCAUGGGCCGGUCCUGUUUGUGUGCCUGGCGUAUCUGGUACUUCGAAUCUCUGUCAGAAACAUAGAGCAUGGGUUCGUCUGGAGUUCCUUGUCGGUGGGAACAGUGUUUUAUUCUACUCUGAGGACAUCAAACCGAAGGCCUUAACCACCAGGGAAGGAUGAGCCCUCUCUCGGAGGGGCGUGGCUGCUAUGAUCUGGAACCUGGAAGUGGAUGCAUAACUUGUCGUGUUGGCCUUGAAGGUUGCAGCAAUCAGAGUCCCAACAUCUGUACUUACAGACAAGGCAGAGGUACCAACUUUUCUGCUUCUUUGCAGACAUUGCAAACCAGGAGUGACUUGUGAGGUGGUACCAAAGAUGAAAGCCCAAGUGCAGACCUGAUCUGGACAUGAAUGAUGCUGACUUGUUGACUGGGUGGGGAGAGGGUUGCCCAUAUUGUGCUAUACUACGCCAAAACCAUAAUUAAGACCCCGGGCUGCCUCUUCCGGUUCUAACAGGCUCUGCAGCUUGUCCUUAGCCCACUGAGGGCAUUUUUUCACAGACAGUUUGUUUUCACCGGGGACUCUUUAAAUUCAGAGCCAUUUAUUUUUCUCCAAACAGAUAAACUUUGUGUUUGAAAAGAAUGAGAAAAGCAAGAGGCUCCUUAAGAAUCUGGGAGGACACAGAAAGGUGCUGCUACCCACAUCCCUUGACUCAAACUCAUGGUAUCGCCUUUACAAGGAGACAGACCAUUAAUUACGUGUUUGUGAUUUGAGUACUCAGCACCACUUACUGGUCUGCCUCUCACUUCAAGGGUGGAGUUAUUUUCUAUUACAGAGUUAGCUUGGGCUGUUCCCUUAGGGGACCGUGAACCCAGUGGACAUGGAGCGUGAGUGAGUUGUGAAUGGCAGGGUUGAUUUGAGGUGAAGUUAUUUCUUAUUGCAACACUGUCAAGUAUAGAAGCUAGAGUUCAACUUGCAGAGGUUACUCAUGACUUGGGUUUUCUCAUCCACUCACCUAGCACCCUCCUCCAGUCAGCCAUGGUUAUCUACUAAUACAGCCCCUCCUCAAAGCAGUCUGCACCUACACUGUACACUGCCAAACAGAAGAGUGGGACAGAUGGCUCAGUCCUGGGACCCGCCUGUCUCUGUGUCUCCCAUUUUCAGCCAUUUGAACAGAAUACUCUUUGGAACGCUGAGAUAACGUCUUAUUGUUUUAUAUAGACAUGUCUUUUAAAAAUAGUUCAUGUUCGAGAAUUGUUUUGUACUCAUUUGCUUUUGUCUGAGAACCAUGUCUAUUUUUAUAACUAAGUGACUUCUGUGUACUCACGUUCCCUACACUCUCCAUUUUCUACAGCCCCAGUAGCUUUUCUACUGUCUCUUCCCACUGCCUCUUGUGGUUCAGAACAAGCUUUAUUUUGUUACGAGUUACUAAUGGCACUUAGUUCCGUCCAGUUCUCCCUGCUUUUAGUGGUGGGGGGUCUUUUUUAUUUUAUUUUUUCUAGUUGAUUGCUCUUCUAAAAGACAUGAGAUCAAAAAGACCUGAUGUCUUCCGUGCACGCUAUCCUGGUCUUCUAUUGAAGAACAGUUUUUCAUCAGCUGUAACUAGGAAAGUUCAGGAAAGUCAGCCAUAAGCAAGAACAACUCAUUGUGAAAGCCAACAGAAGAAAAGUGUUAUUUCCGUUUUUUCCAAGUCGCCUGGAGGGAUUAAAAAGUCCAUGUUUCACCAAUUUCUCUGUUGCAUGAACUUUAAUGUUUUACUAUUUGACAGCAUGAUAGUGAUCAGGCUAAACUUCAAUACUGUAGUCCAGAUACAAUUUACCUUGAAUGUCUGCUUCUUAAAUAAGACUCUCCUUGUCUGUUCUUUCAGCAGUCUUAACAUUAUGUGAAAUUAACUUUUCAGCAAAAAUUAAAUCAGAGGAAAAUCUUCAAGUCCUUUACAUCGUGUUUUAUUUUUUCUCAUUUUUGGAAAAGGACCAGCAUGGCCUCAGUGCCCACAUAAAAAGCAGAGGUUGAAUGCCAGGGAGAACGGUGUUUAUUAAUCUCAUAUCCCAUAAGUAAAAUGGCCAAGCAUCUCUACUGGAGGAUGUAAACAGUGGGUCAGAGAUCUUCAUUCCAGUCCAUAGUUCCGGAGGCUUCAGAGCAGGAGCAAGCAUAAAUUCAUUCUCUUGUGAAUAAUCUCCUAUUGGCAAACUCAAGGACAGUGGUUCUCUACCUGUAGGCUGUGACCCCUUUCCCAGGGGCUGCCCAAGACCCCUGGAAAACACAGAUAUUUACAUUUUGAUUUAUAACAGUAGCAGAAUUAGUUUUAUGGCUGGGGAUUACAACAUGAACAGUAUUAAAGGGUCGCAGUAUAUAGGAAGGCUGAGAACCGCUGCUCUCGGAGAUUCUGUGUCUUGGAACUAUUGUUUCCUAGUGAUACUGGCGUGGGCUAGUCCAUCUUGCCAUUGCUGACAUCCUUUUUCCUUGGGAAAAACUAGUGGUUCAACCCUUUAAUCCCAGCACUGGGGAGGCAGAGGCAAGGGGAUCUCUUUGAGUUUAAGGCUAGCCUGGUCUACUUAGU